AAAACAACUAAUUAAGUCAUUUUUGGUGUGUUUUCGACUUUUCGUCGUAUUAAAGAAAUACAUUGUACAAGAAAACAUGCACGAAAGUUGUAUUUUGAUUGUUUGAUGAGACAGAAAUGUUUAGCUGGUGGUCUAGCGGUGGAAACGCGGAAAAGGAAGAGGGAAAUAGGGGAAAUGCGAGUGAAGAAGGAACUGACUCAACCGAGGAUCGUAAGAAUGCCAAUGAAAUGUCAGAUACAGCCAAAGAUUUAGCAAAAAACUUUGGAAGCUUUCUCUAUAGUGUCGCUAAUGCUGCAUCUAAGACAGCAAUGAAAGUCAAAGAUACUGUUAAAGAAACGGUAGAAGGAAAAGAUAUUUUGACUAACUUCAACGAGGAGCAAGAGAAAUUUGUAAAUGAAAAACAGAGUAAGAGGAAAGAAACUGGUGUUCCUCCAUGGGUUGGUUAUCAUGAAGAAGAGACGAUGAAAACACAAAUCUUGGCUUUGUCAUCAGACGAGAGAAAUUUUCUUAGAGACCCACCUUCCGGUGUGCAAUUUCAUUAUGAUUAUGACAGCAUGUUUCCUGUGGCACUUGCAACUCUUGAUGAGGACCCAGAAUUAAGAAAGAUGAGAUUCAAUUUGGUUCCAAAGAAAGUCAAGGAGAAAACCUUCUGGAGAAAUUAUUUUUAUCGUGUUUCAUUGAUCAAGCAAUCUUCACAGCUUACAUCUUUAGCCUCUGCAGCAGGAAGUACAAAGAGCUCUGCCGAAAAUUUGAAUGAAAAAGAUCAGGAUAACAAGUCUGUGAAAACAACAGGUUCUGCUGAUACACAGCCUAUUGGGAUUCAAGCAAAACAAAGUGUUGAAAAGCUUUCUGAAGACUUAGGUGAUACAACAUUGUCAAGCAGUCCUCCACAGGAAGAAUUUAUCAGUGAUACCUUUGAAGGAGGAGAAGAACUUAGCAAAGAAGACUUGCAACAGAUAGGUAUGGGAACAUUAAAUGACAAAGGAGAGAAGACACUCUCUGAAAAUGAGAAGCAACCUAACUCAACUUCUACUACUGAAGCAGAAAUACCUGACUGGGAAAGGGAACUUCAGGAAGAAUUACAGGAAUAUGAUGUUGUUGAAGAAGGUGAUGACAAUGAUGAUGGCACAUGGGAGAAGGAAAUAGAGGAUAUGUUAGAAGCCGAGGUGUCCUGAGAGAAAUAGUAAACAUGCAAGUAGAAAAUGUGUCCACCGAAAUGGAAGUCAUUUUACUGUAUACUGCAGAAAUGUCCUGAAUAAUGCUUAUUAGCAUUGUAGCAUUAAUUUUUAUUAUAUAUAUAUGCGUAAAUCAACUCUUUCAUCAAGGCAAGUGUGAAGAAAUUUUAUAUAGUUGAUAUUUAAUCAAAAUAAAAAUGUAUAAUUUCUCACAAAUAAAUAAAUGUAGCAGAGAGGAAA